GUUUUGUUCUGGUCCUCCUUUUUCUCUAUCUUAUCUGACUCCAACGAAACACAGGAACAAAAUUGGAGUGAGGGAAUAUGGCGUCUUUAGCUCAGCAAUUCACAGGCCUAAGAUGUUCACCACUCUCUUCUUCUCGCUUCUCAAAGUCAAAGCCUUUCUAUUCAAAGCAAACCCACAAGCCCACUUUGUUUCCCAUUGUCUCAGCAGUGGCAAUCUCAAACGCACAGACCAAAGAAAGGGCUGAGCUUAAGAAACUCUUCGAGGAUGCCUAUGAACGGUGUCGUACUACGCCUCUUGAAGGUGUGCCCUUCACUCUCGAUGACUUCAACGCUGCUCUUGAAAAGUACGACUUCAAUGCUGAGAUUGGAACCAAGGUCAAAGGAACUGUGUUCAAAACAGAUAACAAUGGUGCACUAGUUGACAUUACUGCAAAGUCAUCAGCAUAUUUGCCUGUCCAAGAGGCAUGUAUUCACAAAAUAAAACAUGUAGAAGAUGCAGGCAUAUUUCCUGGUUUGAAAGAUGAGUUCGUAAUUAUUGGUGAAAAUGAAAUUGAUGAUAGCUUGAUUGUUAGCUUACGUUCAAUCCAGUAUGAACUUGCAUGGGAAAGGUGUAGACAGCUUCAAACUGAGGAUGUUGUCGUCAAGGGUAAGGUUGUUAGUGCAAACAAAGGUGGAGUGGUGGCUGUGGUGGAAGGCCUUAGAGGGUUUGUUCCUUUUUCACAGAUAUCAUCGAAAUCAACUGCCGAAGACCUUAUUGAAAGGGAGCUUCCACUAAAGUUUGUGGAGGUUGAUGAGGAGCAGUCAAGGCUAGUACUCAGUAACCGCAAAGCCAUGGCUGAUAGCCAGGCACAACUGGGAAUUGGAUCUGUGGUCAUUGGAACUGUGCAGAGUCUAAAACCAUAUGGUGCCUUCAUUGACAUUGGUGGAAUCAAUGGCCUUCUUCAUGUCAGUCAGAUUAGUCAUGAUCGUGUCUCAGAUAUUGCAACGGUACUUCAACCUGGUGAUACUCUCAAGGUCAUGAUACUCAGCCAUGAUCGUGAGAGAGGCCGAGUAAGUCUUUCCACCAAGAAGUUAGAACCUACUCCUGGAGACAUGAUUCGCAAUCCAAAGCUUGUUUUUGAGAAGGCGGAGGAAAUGGCUCAGACAUUUAGACAGAGAAUAGCUCAAGCUGAAGCCAUGGCUCGUGCAGACAUGCUUAGAUUCCAGCCUGAGAGUGGACUGACUCUCAGCUCUGAUGGAAUCUUGGGUCCGCUUACUUCUGACUUACCAGCGGAGGGUCUAGAUUUGACUGAUGUUCCUCCAGCUGAAGAAACAGGGUUGCCAGUUGCAUAACUUUUCUCCUUUUGUAUGUUCCUAUGUUAUUUAGCUUGUAAAAUUGUUACCGCAAGCCUAUAAGUAAAUUUGUUAAUCACAUUGCCUUAA